AGAAAAAAAUGCUUAGCUUAGUUUGUUGUUGGAUCGUAGGACAAGAUGGCGGCUAUUUUACCGUCACAAACUGGAUCAGAUGAGCCUAUAACGAAGGAAAAUAAACAAAGAAAGCCUGCAGAAAAGAAGGAGUCGAGAUCAGGUAGAGAUUCCAAGAAGAAAAAAUCCUCGAGUCCCACUUCGCUGGCUUCAAAAUCAAGCCCAACAAUGACAAAAGACGUUGGGAAGACAUCGCCACUUGACACAACAAGCGAAGAGUCUGAGAGAAGCUUUUUACUGCUGGAUGAUAAAGAAAAGCUACAAGUUCAAAAUGCUGAAGAAUUGAUCCAGAGACUUGGUGCUGAGGGACAAUCGAGUAUUAAAGUGUUAUCGAUAUUUGGGAAUACUGGUGAUGGAAAGUCUUACACUUUAAACCAUGCUUUCUUCGAUGGCGAAGAAGUAUUCAAGACAUCAGCAUCUCCGCUAUCUUGCACUGUUGGAGUGUGGGCAUCUUAUGACAGUAGUAACCAAUGUAUCAUUCUUGACACUGAAGGACUUCUUGGGAUGUCUGGAAAUCAGAAUCAAAGGACAAGGCUUUUACUCAAAGUAUUAGCUAUAUCAGAUGUCAUUAUUUACAGAACUAGGGCAGAGCGCCUUCAUACUGAUCUUUUUACCUUUCUUGGCGAUGCUUCUGAAACUUAUCUCAAGCAUUUUUCAAAGGAGUUACAAGCUGCAACUCAGAGGUUCAAUAUAAAUGUACCUCUGUGCACUCUUGGACCUGCCGUCAUUAUCUUUCAUGAGACCCAGCACACAGAUCUACUUGGUGUUGUUGAUGAACAGACAUCGCUGACAGGAGGGUCCUCAAGGAAUCCAGAUGAUAUAAUCAAACAAAGAUUUGCAGAUGUUGGUCGUGUUCCGCAGGCCUUCAGUUCAAUCAGAUAUGUUGGUACCAGGACCUUUUCUCAACCAACAGAUUUCAGUUGUUUGAAGAAAGCUGUAAAGCAGAACCUAAGUAAUAAUUCUGUGAGGUCUGCAAGAUCACCAGAUAUCAUAUUUAAAGUACUUACGUUUUUGAAUGAGAAAUUUUCUGGUGAUAUAGAACGGAUCAUUGUCAGUGCCUUCCCAGAUGCAUACUUUACAUGUCAGUCUGUCUGUCUAGCAUGUGGAGCACACUGUCAACAAAGUAUGAAUCAUGAUAAUGAGAAUAUAGAACACAAAUGUGACGUACGAUGCCAGUACCAAGCGCAGUAUGAUAAUAGAUAUUUCACAUGUAAGGCUUGCUACGAGAAAGGAAAGCUUAGAGUUGUCAUUCCUAAAAUGUGUUCAGCAUCUGAGGGUUCUUCAUGGUUGGGUAUUGUCAAGUACGCAUGGUCAGGUUACGUGCUCGAGUGCCCGGAAUGUGGAAUCAUUUUCCGUAGCCGUCAACACUGGUAUGGCAACAGGGAUCCCGUAAAAACAGUCGUGCGUCCCGAGAUAAAACAUGUUUGGCCUGGAGAAAUCACGUCUUCAGUUGAUUCAAGUAACGUAGCGCGUCGAGUAUUGGAUGGUGUCAAAUACGUAUCACAGACGGUCGGUACGUACAGUGCGCCACCCAGUCGAGCUGUCUCGGACUGGAUCGCUGAUCAAGUUGCCCCUGAGUACUGGGUUCCAAAUGCACAAAUCACGGCUUGUCAUCUAUGUCAACGUCCCUUUAACGACGACGAGAAGAAACACCAUUGUCGUGUCUGUGGCCAGGGUUUCUGCGACGACUGUUCGUCCAAUAAGAAACCAGUAGCUGAACGAGGCUGGGGCGAUCAACCUGUUCGCGUGUGUGAUACAUGCUUUGAAGGGAAUCCCGCGGGAGAUGAACUGCCACCGUCUUGUGAUUUAAGCCAACUAGCUGAUGCUUUAGACGACGAUGACUCUACUUCACGAAACGAUGGAACAUUAGUCGAGAAGACACUAGGGCCCAUGGCUGCACGCAAGAUGAUAGAAGGUGUACAGACUGCUGUGGAAACCCUCGGGACCGCACUGUAUUACCCGCGGGAAAUCCUUACAGACGCUGCCCGGCCUAGUUACUGGGUGCCUGAUUCAGAAAUCACUUCAUGUUCUAUUUGCGACACGGAUAAGGAUUAUAAGCAUCAUUGUCGUUCAUGUGGACAAGGUGUCUGCGAUGGAUGUUCCAAGACUCGAAGACCUGUGCCUUCCAAGGGAUGGGAUCAGCCUGUGCGGGUGUGUGAUAAGUGCGUUAAGAAAGGAGAACAGGCAUAAUAAUUGGAUUUUUAAUUGAGCAUCAGGGAGUUUUAGAAAUAGGAGUAAAACUGCGAGGUAAUAGGCCAUUUUCGAAUUAGUCAAAUACCGCUGUGUUCCUCGAUUAUAGACUCAUUUACCCAGAGUUAGCCUCAUUUUAGUAUCUAAAUAUCCACUAAUACGAACGUUAGAAACAAUAGAAACACUUUGAAAUUCCACGGACGUUCACUAGAACACAUGAAUAUUCCAAUAUAUUCCAUACGAAAUCAAGACUAACCCUGUAGAACACAUUACAAACUGGAUUAUUACAGCACUUGGCCUGCCUUCAUGGCGCGGCGGCUGAUGUUAGGACAAUCGAUAGGUGUCCCUUGAUAUACCCUCAACUCGUAAUGUUUUGUCAUACAUAUGCAACACCUGACAGAACCUUGAAACCGGAUUGAAUCAAAAUGUAGUAUUAUUUUAUUUGAUAAAUUGACUUGUUGAAUUGACAGUUUUGACUUGUUUAGAGGCAAGUCAUAGAUUACUCCAAGAGAAAACGAAGGACAGAUGUCCUUCAUAGUCUAUUGAUUACUCUUAUUCAUGUUUUUGACUCCCACUAUAGCGAUCAAAUCACGGUUGCAGCAGUUUUCCAAGUGGAUAUAAAAUCUUGUCCCACAAACAACUACACAGUACUACAAGGAUAAUGAGGACAGUUUUCAAUUCGUUUCUCAAGACAGUAAACUAUUGAAACAAUUUAUAAUCAACAUUCUGAAAUCAGAGUUUUGAAUUUYGAGAUAUUCUAGAUAAUUCGUUGACAUAGCAACGGUAACUAAGGGGAGUCUGAACCAUGAAUUAGAGCAAAUUUCCUACGACUGUGAAAACCCGGUAUUUUCAUUGGAUAAGAAGUGGUCUAGAGUGCUUUGAUUGGUUCAAGGGGCAUCGUCAAUAAUUCAGUACCAUACCGUUUCACAGUCAAACUAAUUGUACUCUUCAUUCACUUAUACCCGAAUUAAGACUUUUUGUGAAAUGCUCUUCUUUUUGGGCAAAUUAUUUCCCUAUUUUAAAGAUUGUCCCCUACGUCGAAGGGUUUAUUUUCACCUUCAAUACGCGAAUGAUAGAUGUGUGUUUAUGUUUUUAUAAAUGAGAAUAAUUCAUGAAUAAUUUAGGAUAAAUAAAGUAUUAUUUAAAAAUAAAUGAUAGAGAGUGCGCGUGCGUAAAAAUGAAAACUGAUCAUGACUUUUGUAUGAAUAUAUUAUCAUCUACUUAAACAUUACCCAAAAUACUUUGCACCGGGGUCGAGAGGAGAGACUAACCAAAGAAAAAAAACGGAAAAUACUGACAGUCGAUAUUUUAGAUAUAAAAAAGAUAUAGGGAACAUCCGAUUGAAAAACGUUUUUUUGAUGGUUUUUCUCUGGUUGACCUCCCCCCCUCCUUACACACACACACACCAUCUAUCUAGGCAGAAUCGAGUCUAACUAGUCACAAAGAACUUGUAACUCGAUUAUCCUUUUAUAGGAAAUUUACAUUGUGACCGGUCUUCAACCUUUGAUAGCCAAAAUAAAUUUACUAAUCUAA